AGAGCAGUUCCACUGCGUCUAAUUGGAUAUCGGCCGUUGCACGCAAUAUGGCGACACAUCCGGCGCGUAGCUUGCUUGUAUAAUUUCAAGACUUCUGCUGCAAAAAAAGAGAGAGGAUUGUAAUCCGCAUGCACAGCUUGUUUGUAAAACAAAACGACGCAGCGAAGCCGAUAUACGCACGUUGACGAGACGCAUACGAAUUUAUCGCGUCGCGUCGCAUCACAUCCUCGCAUCACCGUUGCUGCCAACCGUAAACGCCGCUGUUAUUGCUGCCAUCCGUCCGUGAAUCGUGUUCUAUCAGUGAUUUAUCAUGUAUAGAACGACUCGGGCGUCGUCGCAUCGUACGAGAAACUGCACUGAUAACGUUGCCAAAGGAAAAUGGAAAUAUGAUAGAGAAAAAAAUAUAACUGUACCUUUGCCUGUGCAAAGUAAUGAUGCAAAUUCACUUGUGAAAAAGGAGAGUAAAUUAUUUGAUACUAGUAAAAAAGUGGCAGAUAGUGUUGAUAUAAUUAAACCACAAUCCAUAUUGGAAACUCAUAAAUCUUCUCCAAACACAAUUCAUUCUUAUCAAAAUUCAAAUGUGGAAGUUACGAAAGGAAAAAGUCCUGUGUCACUUGCUUACUAUUUUUUUGGAAAUGUGCAAGCUCUUUCAACCUGUGAAGCAAAAAAUAAGGUUAUCUCUGAUGUAGAACAAUUCAAAACAGAUGAGACACCGGUGGCUGUUCCAAUUCAUGGGCCAUCUACACCACAUAGAAUAAAUAUGCCAUCGGAAGAUAUAAAUGAAAAAGCUACAAUUACUACCAAUGAAAAGCAAUCUGUGAUUACAUUACGUAGCCCAUUGCAAGUUGUAAAAAAGUCUGCUCCACGUGGACGUAAAAAAGCAGCUUCCAAUCAAUCCAUCAAUCAUCGUUCACUCAAGCUACAGUGCGCUGAAACAAAUCAUUCGAUUACAGACUAUUUUCCAAUACGCCGUAGUGUCAGAAAAAGUAAAAAGACUGUAUUGGAGGAGAAACAACGUGAUUUAGAAAAUAAGGUACUUUGUCAAGUGGAGGAUGGCUUAGAGAUCAGAUAUUUUCCGGGUAAGGGUCGUGGUGUCGUAACGACGCGAGACUUUGCUAAAGGCGAAUUUGUAAUUGAAUAUAUCGGCGAGCUGAUUAAUCAGAGCGAAGCAAAAGAGCGUGAAAAAGUAUAUGCGCAAGAUCAAAAUACUGGUUGCUAUAUGUAUUAUUUUCAACAUCGUAAUCAACAGUAUUGUGUCGAUGCAACAGCAGAGACUAAUAAAUUGGGCCGUUUAGUCAAUCAUUCACGAAACGGGAAUUUGGUCGCACGAAUAGUCGAAGUCAAAUCGACACCACAUCUCGUACUUACAGCGAAGGAAGAUAUACCCAUCGGUGUAGAGGUUUCGUACGACUAUGGAGAUCGAAGUCGCGAAUCCAUUCGUCAUCAUCCAUGGUUGGCGUUAUAGCACUUUUCAUUUUAUUAUUUAUAUAACAUUAUGUUAGAUUGUACAGAAAGAAUAUUCUUAUUUCUAUUCCUCCUAUGAAGGAACAUUAUAUAUAGAUUAUGUAUAUGCUCUGAAUUGUGUACAAAUUGUCUUCAAAAGCAAAGCCACAACAUAUUUAGUAAUCGGAUAUGUAACUUUGCAAACUUUUAUGUUAGUGAAUUCCAAAAAUACUUUUUUUACAUCACUUUACGAAAUAAUUUGUUUGAGUGACUGUACAAGAGAAGUAAUUGUAAAUAAUCAAAUUUUUCUUAUAGUAAGAGUGAAAAAUGAUUAGAAUAUUUUAAUGUGCUUUCUUAAUACAUGACAUUUCGUCGAAUUCUAUUAUUAGAUUCGAUUUAAUAUUCUUUUAAUAAUGAUUUUUGAAAA